AUGAGUGAAUAUCAAGAAGUUCCAUUAGAUGAAGAUUACACUAAUGAAGACGAUGUUUAUUCAUUGGAAGAAGACCCAUCAGAUCCUAUUGCUAAAACAACUACCGCUGCUACUUCUGUUGCUCCAAACUCUACUUCUCAAAACAAUAGCAACACACCGGAUUAUCUUUUUGAUAGUGAAGAAGAUGAUCUAGAUAUUGACUCCAACGAACAUUGGCUUAGCGAAAAUGGUGUUAAAAUACUACCUAAAACAGAUUACCAUUCUCCUUUCCACAUUGGUGUACCAACUCCAAAAGGUUCUAAUAUUAGCAUUGAACCCAAUUUAAACAGUAAUAAAUCGGAUUAUUACUCAAGCUCCUCUUCCUCCUCCGCCACUGCCGUUCCAGAAAACCCUGAGCCUUAUUCAAAUUCUGCGUCACAAUAUCCAACAACAGUUGUCAUUGAUAGAUUUACUAAAUGGAAAAAAAUUUUAAAAGGCUUGAUUCUCUAUUUCAAAGAUGUGGUGAUCGCUCAAGAGGAAUAUGCAAAAAUUAAUUUAAGAUUAAAAAAUAGUGUCAAAUUCCAAUUUUUAACAAAUUUGACCGAUAACAAUACUAUUGUAGAACCAUUAUUACCUAAUAUGAGUGCCGUUGUCAACAGUAAUAGUAGCACCACUACUGUUAAUGGCAAUAACAGUAGCAACAAUCUAUACAAACUCAAUACAAAUGCCUCCGCUGCGACUACCAGCAGACCUUCGUUGAAAAGUUUCAGUUCCUCCAACAGUCUCAAUACCAUCCCAGUCUUCAAUAAAAAGUCAGUAGAGCUAGAUGGCAACAAUGCCUCCGGAUUUUUGCCGUUUGGUUCUGGAUCGAUCCAAGAUAUUCAAGUUUUAUUAAAAAAAUAUCAUGUAUCAUUGGCCAAAAGACAGAUUAUUUCUUGCAAGGAAAUUACUGCCUACAUUAUACCCAGAUUGGAAGAAUUGAAGAAUGAUUUACAAGUGAAAAUUAAGGAAAUUAAGGAUUUGCACGAUGAUUUUAAAACCAAUAUUCAAGAACAUGUGGCUUUGACUGGACAACUGUUGAACAGAUACAUUGCUGCCAUUAGUAUUGUGAUUGAAAACAAAGUUGAUGAUAUAGCUGAUGGCCCUAUUUUGAAAUCUUCCAAAAAAAAAAAUUUAAAACCUAAACAUGACCCAUAUCUUUUGAAGUUGCAGUUGGAUUUGCAAUUGAAAAGACAAUUAUUAGAAGAGCAUUAUUUACAAGAAUCGUACAUUAAUUUGCAAAAAACAGGACUAGAAUUGGAAAAAAUCGUCUAUCUUGAAAUUCAAAAAUCUUUAUCCAGGUAUAGCGGUUUAAUGGAUUUACAAGUUAGAAUGACCUUGUCCAAUUUGUGCAACGAUUUAAAUCAGGGAAUUUUGUCUAAACCACCUAGUGUGGAAUGGGAUAAAUUGGUUCUAACACAUCCAAAAUGUCUACUAAGAUGGAGAUCUACCGAUCCAAUACCAUCAUCUAGGAAAUUAAGUGACAUUAUAUAUCCUAAAAUGAAAUCUCCAUUGGCAAGAUGUAUUAGAGCAGGAUAUCUACUAAAAAAAAAUAAAUAUAUAAAAAAUUACAGUAAAGGCUAUUUCGUUCUAACUUCAAACUAUCUUCACGAGUUCAAGUCUAGUGAUUUUUUUAAAAACCAUUCAAAUAAUCGCCGUAGUAGUAGUAAUAAUGAUACUAUUAAUGAGGAAACUGACGAUGAUCCAUUACUUACUUCAAAUACUAAAGGUUUAUUUUCUCCGAUAAUGAGUAUUUCACUAAACGAUUGUGCAUUAUUGGAGUAUAAUGAAGAAAAAUUUGUAAUAAAAACUAAAUCAUUAGAUGACAUUUAUUUCGACAAUAAUAGUGCCGCAGAAAAAAAAAAUACCAUCGCAAUGAACGAAUAUAAUAAGACAAAAUCUAAUAAGACUUAUGGACUAGGUAAAUUUUGGAAGAGACAAUCGUCCUCUUCAUCUUUGGUUCAGCCAGUUGCCAACAGUUCCACUUCAACAACGCCUGUUUCAACAACAUGGACGUUUAGAAAACCAUCCGAUGUUGAUCAGAAAGAUUUCCAAAGAUGGAUAAACGACUUGAAAGAUUUAACUUCCUUUCAUUCAUCUCAAGACAGAGCUAAAUUUAUUGAAGAACAAAUUUUAUUAAAGCGUGUUAGCACGCAUAAAGUAGCUUCAGGCACUACGAGACGUGGGAAGUUUAAAAUGAGACUAGAUUUACCUCCAAGAGAUUUUAGUCAAUUGUCUGUCAAUGAGAUGAACAAGCAUACUAAUCAAAUCACACCUGCAAUUGAUGACAAUGGUAAUUUGAUCAUGGCUUCAGAUCCUAAACCUGUUAUGCCUGUUACUCCUUCCUCGGAUACUUUAGCUCCAUCACAACCACAAAGUCUACCACAACCACAAAGUGUAUCAAAACCGGAUAUUUUAGUUUCUCAACCUGACAGUUUUCCAUCGCAAGAUCCCGUAUCUUCUGCCCCAACGGUUUUUCCAACAUCAACAUCAGCCCCAGCGACUGCUCAUACUACUCCUGAAACAGAAAAAGAUAAUAAUACAUCUGUUAUCCCAUCCAUCACUGUCUCUGCGAAUGUGGGCUCUACACAGCCGCCCGCUGCCGUCAACAAUGUAAGUGGCGGUGGAGGUGGCUAUUUUAGUAUCCCUGUUAGGAGACCACAAUCGGUUGCGGUUUCACCAGGGAUUCCACAAACUGUUCAGUCUGCUGCCUCAGUUGCACGCUCCAAACUUAUUAGAGCGAAUGCAACUACUCCACCUUCUCCGCCUAUUAGUAUUAGGAGCGCGAGUGCUGUCCCUUUAUCAAAACCGUCAUCUACGACUUCAAUGGCGAAUACGGUUAGUUUACCUAACAAUUCUGGCGCUGCCAAUACAUUUAACAGUACAAAUGUAAAUACCGGUAACAUGCAACAACAACAACAACAGUCACAUCAUCCGAAUAAAGGACACAGAAAAAUUAAUUCGCUUUCGUCUUUGAGUAGUCUAGUAUUAACUAAUGCUAGUAAUCAUUUGAAAAAGGCUGCUGCAGAGGGAAAAUCUACUACUGGGAAAUAUUUAAGCAGUAAAAGCAACAAUAGUAGUACUUAUGAUUUAGCCCAAGGUAAUUCAAAUAAUUCAAAUUCCAAAAUUGACGUCUAUAAAUCUUUAUAUGGGGGGUAG